AUGGGUUACUCAGAAAAUCUCGGGGCCGGUGAUUCGGCAAGCCGUGAGGUUAAACUGUCUAUUCCCAUCGCCAUUUGCAUGAGCAUAUCCCUGUACAACGUCAUCGAGCUUAAUGCCCUCAUCCUCACAACCUUCGAAAGACGCAAGAGCCUUUACUUCUGGAGUUUUCUCGCCGCUACCAAUGGAAUCGCACCUCAUACUAUCGGGUUCUUACUUAAGAACGUAUUAUACUCAGAUAAUUUCAUCUUAUAUAUCACCCUUAUAUCUGUCGGCUGGGUGAUGAUGGUUACUGGCCAAUCGCUUGUUCUAUAUUCGCGACUCCACCUUAUUUUCUGGAAUCAGUUCUGGCUGAGGCUUGUCCUGGCUAUGAUAGUCACUAAUGCUAUCAUCUUGCAUAUUCCCAUUAUCAUCCUGAUGUACGGCUCUAACAGCUCUCCAUCAAACCCCUGGGUUCACCCUUAUAUGGUCUACGAAAAAAUCCAGGUUACUAUGUUUUUCCUUCAGGAAGUUACUAUUUCGGCUAUCUACAUCAAGACUUGUUCUUCCUUCCUCGGCACCCAAAGCGCUUUGCAUGGAAAUAGUACACGAAAAAUGCAGAGGCACUUGCUGUUAGUCAACGUCAUUAUUAUCCUCCUCGACAUUCCGAUCCUCGUCCUCGAGUAUGCCGACUUCUACGACUUUCAGACCGCUUAUAAGGCCAUUGUCUAUAGCAUCAAGCUCAAGCUAGAGUUCAACAUCCUGAACCGCCUCGUCGAGAUGGCAAAUAGCAAAGACAUCUCUGGCUUACGCAGUCAGGGUCCUGGUACAGACACUGCGGCAGUCAUACAUUUGAACACGUUCAAUGGCGAUGCGUCUGGCGGGAAUGUCUCACAUCGACCUUAUACCCAUGGCGGCGAGCACGGCGACACCAAGGGUUGGAAGACGGGAGGAUUGAGCAUGAAUAAUAGCAUUAUGAGGAGUACAGAGAUUACAGUGGAUGGAGUUGAGCGCGGAGAACACGACAAUGAGAGUAUAGAACGCAGGUCGAUGGGAACCGGAGAGUCUCACUAUAGGACGACGAAUGGUAUGGGCGGGCUAUCGAAGUCGUCCUCUGAGGUUAAUCUAGCUACUAGGGGAUUUUAG